AUGACCUCCCUGCUCUCCCGCUCCCCCGCAGAGCUGGGGCAGGCGGCACGAGGCCGAGAGGCUUGGAUCAACCGCUACCGCAAGCAGCUGGUGAGGUCCAUCUCGCCGCAGUUCCUGGAGGAGAUCAUCUGCCACCUGCGGAGGCUGGACCUCCUGACGGCAGAGGAGGCCGGCCGGGUGCGGGAGGCGAGCUCCCUGCCCGAGAAGGUGAGGGCGGUGGUGGACGUCCUGGCUGGCAAGGGCAGCUACGCCUCCCAGUCCCUGCAGACCUUCAUCGAGACCACCAACUCCCAGCUCUACCCUCUCUGUGCAGAACCCAUGCUGCAGAAGCACCUGGAGAUCCUCCAGAGCCACUAUGGGAACGGCUUGGAGAAUGGUCCCCUCCAGCGACUCACCAACCUGCUGCUGGUGGAAGGCUUGACCGACAUCCAGCAGAAGGAGCAUGACAUCCUGCAGAUUGAAGCCACCAAAGGCCUACGAAAUGUAUCCAAGAGCAUCCCUCUGGAGAAGCUCUUCCUGCCUCUCUCCAAGGUCAGCGUCCCACCUCGGAUCUCCGUCACCAUCGGAGUGUCCGGGGUUGGCAAAAGCACACUGGUGAAGCUGUUUGUCUGUACCUGGGCGAAGGGGGAGAUCAACAGGGACAUCAUGUUUGUGCUGCCCCUCACCUUCCGGGAACUCAACACCUACGAGAAGCUCUCUGCCGAGAGGCUCAUCUGCUCAGUGUUCCCUCACAUCACCGAGCCCAACUGCAUCUCGGCGGGAGCCGCCAGGACCCUGCUGAUCCUCGAUGGCUUGGAUGAGUUCAAGACUCCUUUGGACUUUUCCAACACGGUCAUAUGCACCGAUCCCAAAAAGGAGAUCCAAGUGGACAACCUGAUCACCAACAUCAUCCGUGGCAACCUGCUGCAGGAGGCUUCUGUCUGGGUCACAUCACGGCCAACAGCAGCCAGCCAAAUCCCUGGUGGGCUUGUUGACCGGAUGACGGAAAUACGAGGUUUUGGAGCUGCAGAGAUGAAGGACUUCUUGGACCAGAUGUUCCUUGACAACAGAGACCUGUCUGGUCAAGUCCUGCAGCACAUCAGGGCUAACAGGUCGUUACACGUCAUGUGCACCGUUCCUGGCUUUUGCUGGAUCUCUGCCUCCUCAAUCGCUUAUUACCUAAAAAACAGCACCCAUCAGUCCCCAGAAACAACCGCCGUCCCCAGGACCCUAUCAGAAAUCUACUCCUAUUAUUUUAAAAUGGCUCUGAGCAGCGACUGGCCAGAAAAGCCAAGAGAAACGCUGAGGAUCGAGCAGGCGGUGAACAACAGCAAGAGGAUAGUGGGCAGCCUGGGCAGACUGGCCUUCUACGGGCUGCUCAAAAAGAAAUACGUGUUUUACGAGCAGGACAUGAAGGCAUAUGGCAUCGACCUCUCCUUGCUGCAGAGCAGCUUGUGCAGCCGACUCCUGCUCAAAGAGGAGAUGCAGUCCUUCACAGCCUACUACUUCUCCCACUUAACCAUCCAGGAGUUCCUAGCAGCUCUUUAUUAUUACCUGGCAGCCAAGCGGGCGAUAUUCGACCUCUUCACGGAGAGCGGGAUGUCCUGGCCUAAGUUGGGUUUCCUCAACCACUUCAAGAGCGCUGUGCAGAGGUCGCUGCAGGCGGAGGACAGGCAGCUGGACAUCUUUGCGCGUUUUCUCUCUGGGCUCCUCUCCCCGCAGGUGAACAAGCUGCUCUCGGGGUGGCUGCUGGUGAAGGACGAGCACAACAGCUUCAGGAGCCAAGCCAUCAGCUUCCUCCAGGGCUGCCUGAACACCGACUAUGUCAUCUCCUCACGGACAGUGAACACCAUGCACUGCCUGUACGAGAUUCAGCACACGGAGAUCGCCAAGACCGUGGAAGAAGCGAUGAAGAACGAGAGCUUGGCUGGGAUGCUCACCCCCGUGAACUGCUCUGCCCUGGCUUAUCUCCUGCAGGUCUCCGACAUCUGCAUGGAGGAGACGAACCUCUCCAACUGCCUCACCUACAACGUCUGCAAGAGCUUGCUCUCCCAGCUCCUCUUCUGCCACAACCUCAGGCUGGACAAUAACCAGUUUAAGGACAAUGUGAUGGAGCUGCUGGGCAGCGUACUGAGCGUGAAGGACUGCCAGAUCCAGAAGCUCAGCUUGGCAGAAAAUCAGAUCAGCAACAAGGGAGCCAAAGCGCUGGCCAGGUCACUGAUGGUGAACAGGAGCCUGAUGGUGCUGGACCUGCGGAGCAACUCCAUCGGCCCCACCGGAGCAAAAGCACUGGCUGAUGCACUGAAAAAAAACCAAGUCCUGCUCUCCCUGAACCUGCAGCACAAUGCCAUCAAGGAGGACGGUGCCGCCUCCCUGGCUGAGGCCCUGCUGACCAACUCCAGGCUGACCACCCUGCACCUGCAGAAGAACGGCAUCGGAGCCCCCGGGGCCAGGAAAAUCGCCGAGGCAUUGAAGCAGAACUGCAGCCUGAAGGAGCUGAUGUAA